AUGGCUUCAUCGACUCAAACUCCAGGAAAGCGUCCAUCACAUGGUUGGCGGUUCUGGGCUGUGUUCCCUGGACUAUGUUUUUCUAUUCUUCUUGCUGGCCUUGAUACUUCAAUCGUCGCAACGGCCCUACCUACCAUCUCUGCAGACCUCAACACCGGAGCCCUAUAUGUCUGGGCCAUCAAUGGCUACUUGCUCACAACAGCAGCAGUGCAGCCGUUGUUUGGCCAGGCAUCGGACAUUUUUGGACGUCGUCUUCCCAUGCUUUUCUCUAUCGCCCUAUUCACCCUAGGAAGUGGACUUUGUGGUGAUGCCAAAAACACGGCUAUGCUCAUUGCUGCCCGUAUGAUACAGGGGCUGGGAGGAGGCGGCCUCUUUGUUAUGGUUGACAUCAUUGUUGCAGAUCUGGUCCCGUUACGUGAUCGGCAGCUUUACAUGUCAAUUGUUAUGGGGACAUUUGCGUUGGGAACAUUCGUAGGACCCAUCAUCGGAGGUGUCAUUAUCACUAAAAUAUCCUGGCGAUGGAUCUUCUAUAUUAAUCUACCCAUUGGCGGCGUUGCCCUGGUUCUGGUUCUGCUCUUCCUAAGAGUCUACUACAAACGUGAAGGGACCCUGGCCGCUCGCCUGAAAAAGGUCGACUUCUCCGGAAAUGCCCUCUUGAUGGCUGCCGUAGUCCCUGUACUUAUCGCCCUGACGUGGGGUGGCACGACAUACACCUGGGACUCAUGGCAUGUUCUUGUCCCACUGCUUAUUGGUGUUGCUGGCUUGGCCGCUUUCUUCGUUCACCAGAAGUUUUAUACACCAGAGCCGACCAUGCCGAUACGCCUCUACAGCAACAGCACUUCUAUGUUGUCGUACCUUCUCACAUUCCUGCACGGUAUUGAGAUGACUUGGCUGAGUUAUUUUCUACCUGUGUAUUUUCAGGUUCUUAUUGAAGCCAGUCCUCUUAGAUCCGGAGUCGAUCUGCUCGCCAUUGUUAUUCCCUUAAUGCCUGCUGGAAUUGCCGGAGGUCUGAUUAUUGCCAAGUUCGGUCGCUAUAAGCCGACAAUGGUAGCUGGCUAUGCGCUGCUUUCUAUCGGUGCAGGUUGUUUGACAACCCUGGAUGCAAACUCUUCAACAGCGGUAUGGGUUAUUCUUCAAAUCAUUUCUGGCAUUGGAGGUGGAUUAGCCUUGACAGCGACGCUUCCUGCAGUACAGGCGCCAUUACCGGAAUCAGACGUUGCAAUUGCCACAGCAUGCUGGGCUUUUGUGCGUAGUUUUGGCUCUAUCUGGGGUGCUGCUAUCCCCUCAGCUGUUUUCAACUCGAAGAUUGACUCUUUGCUUCAUAAAAUAAGUAAUCCAGAAGUCCGUGCACUUCUAAAGCGCGGCGGCGCGUAUGAGCAUGCGACUGCUUCUUUCAUGAAGUCAUUUAACGGCGACCUUACAACAAAGAACGAGCUUAUCGAAAUCUACACUGCAGGCCUCAAACAAGCAUGGCAGGUUCUCAUUGCCUUUACGGUUAUUGCCGUACCCCUUGCUUUGGCCAUCAAAGAAAUACCCCUCCGGAAAGAACUGGUAACUGAAUUUGGACUCAAGGAUGAAGAUGAAAAAGAUAAUGCUGCUGCUGAUGAUAACACUGAGCUUGCAGCAAGGGCGACCGGAGUGGACCCGAGUCCAGCGAGGUGA